AGUACUAUUAAGUUUAUAUUUUACUGCAUGACUGCAUUCUUUGUUUACAAAACGACAGAAAUUGAUGAAAAAAUAUCUAGGACGGCCAUAUGAAGGUUAUAGAACCGUUUAUCCCAAAUUUGGACUACAAAGUGCAAUAAACCUUAUCUCGUUAAAAACUAAACAGUGGUUUAUAAUGAACAAUACAGCAGAACUGUGGCAUUUUGUUAAUUGCAGAAUAAUUAGAAAUCACCAGAUAAUCGGGGAAGAUAUAUGGGUCAGGGAUGGCAAAAUCGUUGAUCCGGAGAAGAUAUUUUUUGACGAAAGACGCGAUGCUGACCACAAGUAUGACUGCAAGGGGCUGCUGAUUUGUCCAGGAUUCAUAGAACUUCAAAUUAAUGGAGGUUAUGGCUACGAUUUUUCUUUCAAAGACAAUACAGAAGAAGCCCUAAACGUUAUAUCGAAAAAAUUGCUGGAACACGGGGUGACCGCUUUCUGCCCCACUUUGGUUACCUCCCCUAUAGAAAUUUACCACAAGGUUUUGCCUAAACUUAAGUUUCGUAAAGGCGGAUCUCAAGGGGCGACAAUAUUAGGCGCUCACGUCGAAGGCCCGUUUAUUAACAAGGAGAAAAAGGGCGCUCAUCCGCCUGCAUGUAUACUAGAUUACGAACAGGGUAUAUCGAAAUUGGAGGAGGUGUAUGGUAGCCUAGAUAACAUUAAAAUCAUUACUUUGGCUCCGGAAUUUGUAAACUCGUCAGCGCUCAUUAGGAACAUCAGGAAAAAGAACAUUGUCAUAUCUUUAGGUCAUUCAACUGCCGAUUUGGCAACAGCCGAGGAGGCGCUCGAAAGCGGGGCGAGUCUCAUUACUCAUCUGUUUAACGCGAUGCUUCCUUUUCACCAUCGCGACCCAGGGUUGGUAGGACUGCUUGCUUCAGAUAAAAUCACGGAGAGUAGACCAAUAUUUUUCGGUAUUAUUGCGGACAGUAUACACACCCAUCCAGCAGCGUUAAGGAUAGCAUACAAGGUACACCCCGGUGGUUUGAUUUUGGUAACUGACGCAGUAUCGGCGCUUGGAUUAGAGGAGGGACGGCACAAGAUCGGUCAGAUGGACGUGGAAAUUCGUGACCACAAGGCGUUCGUGGCCGGCACAAAUACUCUCUGCGGUAGCGUGGCUACCAUGAUCGAAUGUGUGAGGAAUUUGAUCCAAGCCACAGGGUGUUCUGUCGAAUACGCAUUGGAAGCUGCCAGCUUGCACCCGGCCAAAGUUUUGGGGCUGGACUCUCAAAAAGGGACACUAAAUUACGGCGCUGAUGCUGACUUCGUUGUAUUGACGGACGACUUAGUCAUAGACUCUACGUGGAUCUCGGGGAAGCCCGUUUACACACGCAAAACGCGAGGCUGAUAAGGUCACGAGUUGUGAAUUUCUAUAUUCCGGGACUGCUGGUGAUAAGUGAUAUGCGUGUAUAUAAAAUAUUCACUCCCUUGUAGUAAAAUCUUAGUACUUUAUUUUAAUAAAGAAAUAAAUUAAACAGGUAA